GCCCUUUGGGUAAGGGAGGAGGAAGCCGGAGAGCGCGCUUUGCCUGAGCCGGCCCGAGAGCGGCUGAGCAGGGUGUGUGGGGCGUCAGCGCGAUGGCUCCGGCUGUGGACCGCAAAGGCUAUUGGGGCCCCACGACCUCCACAUUGGACUGGUGUGAGGAGAACUAUGUGGUGACCUUGUUCGUCGCUGAGUUCUGGAAUACAGUGAGUAACCUGAUUAUGAUCAUACCUCCAAUUUUUGGUGCAAUUCAAGGCAUUAGAGACAGACUGGAGAAGCGGUACAUUGCUGCUUACUUAGCACUCACAGUGGUAGGAAUGGGAUCCUGGUGUUUCCACAUGACUCUGAAAUAUGAAAUGCAGCUGUUGGAUGAGCUCCCCAUGAUUUACAGCUGCUGCAUAUUUGUAUACUGCAUGUUUGAGUGUUUCAAGACAAAGAGCUCAAUAAACUACCAUCUUCUUUUUACCCUAUUUCUAUACAGUUUAACAGUAACUACGAUUUACCUAAAAGUCAAAGAACCUAUAUUCCAUCAGGUCAUGUAUGGAAUGUUGGUCUUUACAUUAGUACUUCGUUCUAUUUAUAUUGUUACAUGUGUAUCUCCAGAGUCUUGUCUGUACUGAGCAUGAAUGGACCAUGUGCUGAUGAAGUUCUUGCUCUCUCCUUCGCGCCCUGCUACCUGGAUAACCAAAGACAUUCAUUUCACCCUACUGAAGAAUUUUGCUUUGUACUUCUUCUGAGAACUGAAGAUUUGCCAUGGGUUUAUCCAUGGCUUAGAGGACUAGGUUAUACAUCCUUAACUGUCUUUUUAUUGGGGUUUUUAUUGUGGAAUAUAGAUAACAUCUUUUGUGAUUCACUGAGGAACUUUCGAAAGAGAGUGCCCCCCGUCCUAGGUGUUACAACACAGUUUCAUGCAUGGUGGCAUAUUCUAACUGGCCUGGGUUCUUAUCUUCACAUCCUUUUCAGUUUAUAUACAAGAACACUUUACCUGAGGUACAGGCCAAAAGUGAAGUUUCUCUUUGGAAUCUGGCCAGCAGUCAUGUUUGAACCUCAGAGGAAGCACUGAUGAAUUAUUCUACCAAGAAAAUAAAAAACACCUACUGUAUGUAGUUCUGCCAAGAUGGUCAAGAACCCCCCAAAGACUUGUACAUUUGAAGACACCAUGCCCAUCACAAGAGAUGAAUGACUCAGCCUGAAUGACCCAGCCAUAGAGAAUGGGCAAUUGGCCUGUUGGGUAUUUAGCUCCUGGCUUUAUCUCGUUUGCCCUGGACCUAAGAUGCUUAGAGAAAAACAGAAAGUGUAUAUUUAUAUUCUAGAAUGGUGGAGAAUUUGGGCUUUUCUUAACAGGUUAACAGUUUGUGCUGGUCAUUCAUGGAAAAUUAAUAUUUUUUUCUUUUUUUACAAGAGUUGCAUGUUAAUUGUAUCUUUAUUAAUUUUUAAUUAAAUAUUGAACAAAGUCAUUAAGUACUGGCAAAAUACCAUAUCCAGAUGGUUGACUGUGAGCCAGCACUUAGCCGUGUCAUCUUUGAUUUACAUUCUUAUAUUAAUUUCACAGAUGGCUUUCCAGUAAUAAAAAAGAAAAGGUGUGGGAUUCUAGGCAGCUCCUUGCUAUCUGCCUUGGUGCUAGCUGGAGUCUUAGAAGUAAACUCUGACCUGCCAGUGAGUGGGCUCUGUUCUCAUCACAUUCAAGAUUUUGUCUUGGACUCUGUGGCCCACAGCCAAUCAAAGGGGUGGGCCAUCCAACACCCCUUCAGAAGCUUUUCCAGAACACCCGUGGAAUGUAGUCCUCUCACCAGUUAGAGGCUGUUGUUUUGCUUUCUUUGAUCUUCAAAUUAUUAUUACUAUUGUGUCUAGCAAAUUUAACUGGUAAUCUGUAAGACAACACAGUUUAAUUGACUUUAUCAGGGAAAGUUGUCAGUUUUUUAAUUUUUCCAUUAUGCAGUAUGCAUAGUGAAGCAAAUAGUUCUAAUUCGGAUUUGAAUGUAUACGAAAUUGAAUUAAUAAUCACAAACAGUAAAUGAAAGAUCAUAUGUUAUAUCUAAGCUAUGGCCCCAAAAGAAAAGUGGGGUUUUUUUCCCCAUGUGAAAUUGGUUUUUAAAAAAUUCUCAUAUUUUCAAUAUUCAUUAACAAGCUUUAGCCUGGCAGGGUGAUGCAUGUCUUUAAUCACAGCACUUGAAAGGCAGAGAUAGGCAGAUCUCUGUGAUUUUAAGGCCAGCCUGGCCUAUAUAGUUCCAGGAUAGUCAGGAAUACAUAGUGAAACUCUGUCUCAAAAAAGAAAAACAGUGUUGGUUCAUUAGUUAGCCUUGGAAUAUUUAUAAAACCAAAAAUAUUUCCUUCACCCUCUGGCUUUAGUUUUUUAAUGCCAAGUGCCAGUUUCCUUCCUUUACAUCUCAGGUGGCCAUUAGACAAACACACCUUUUAUAAAAGCAAGACAUGCCAAAACAUAAGAAGACCUUAGUUGUACUUUGAUCAUAGGCAUAGAUCAGAGUCUAGAACACAUUUACUGAAUUUUCCAGUUUCUUGUGUUCUGGAACAAGAACUGGACCAGAGACACAUGAAUGGUGAUGGAAGUAGAGACCUUCUGUUAGGAAGAAAGAAAAAUAUUCCCCAAAAUGAGAGUAUGUCUAAGGACUAAGAAAGGUCUAAGGCUGAAAAGCCUUGGACCAGAAGAGUCUCUGCUCUUUAUAGGAUCUUUGCAUAGCCUCCAUCUUUUCUGGCAAUUAGGAAGGUAGGGUUUUUUGUUUGUUUGUUUGUUUGUUUGUUUGUUUGUUUGUUUGUUUUUUAAAGCAUGCUGUUUUGUUAUGCAUAAAUCUGUUGGAAAGGUUUCCAGUCUUCCUUUGGGAUUGGCUUUUGUUUGUUUGCACUAGGAUUUCCUAUUCUCCUACCUCACUUUACCCCAUCCUAAGAGCUGUAGUUCCAAAAAUCUUUGUGAGGAGCUAAAGGAUGACUAUCUAUUUUGUAUAAUUCCCAUGUUAAUGAGGGAUGGAGUCUUUGCCAAAGAGAGUCUUUUCCUAUUUUAUCUACUGGUUGGAGAGGAGGCUGUAGAGUUUUUGUUUUAGGAGUUGCCUUGAAUCCUUGUAUCAUAAUGAUAAAUUGUACAUGAUUUUUUAAAAAAAUGUAAGAAUUUGGGCUGGAGGAGUGGUUUAGCAUUUAAGAGCACUAAUUGCUCUUACAGAAGCCUUGAGUCUGAUUCUCAGCACCCACAUUGUAGCUCACAACCAUCCAUAACUAUAGUUUCUAAGGUUCUAACAACUUCUUAUAACAUCUGCUGGCACCAGACAUGCACAUUGUACACAUACAUAUAUAAGAAAAAUAUCCAUAUACCUAAAAUAAAUAAUUUUUAAAAAUGUCAAUGUAAAAAUAAUAUGAUUAUGUCAGCCAUUAGCUCCAGAAAGGACCAGAAUCAGGAAAAGCAUAGCUAUGCUUAUGUAAAUUAUUCUGGAUAUGGUCCUUUAGGUUGUUAAAACAACAACAACCAAAACAAAAUCCACAAACAAAUAAACUGAUAGUUAUGCAUUAAAGUUGUGUCAAAAUAUGGAAAGAACAAUUUGUAGGAAAAAAAAUUCAGUAGUGGACUAGAUUAAAGAGAAGGAAGUAUGGGAUUGUAACCAUUGAGUACCAACAGUGCCAAAAGAGAACAUGAAAAGCAUAAGGCUAUAAGGACUGAUCGUUACUUUGCUUUUAAGUAAGAAGUGAAAGCAUUCUGUUUGUAGUCUGAAGAGAUCCUUUAAUUCCUUCAGCUUUUUAGUGGCUUAUACUGUAGGUCCUUUUUAUUACAUACAGAGUAAAUAUAUCUGGUCUGAUAUUGUUGCUUGAUGGUAUUAUAACUCCUAUAAUUUACAUUAGGGAAAGAAAGUUCAACUUCAAGACCUUUGGCAAAUAUAACCACCAUUCUAGAUGUAUCUCAGCCUUAACAGAAAUCUUACCUCCAUCACUUGUACACUAAGAACACUCCUAUAAAAGGAAUCAGUCCAACAGAAGAAUUCUUAGCACAGCAUUCAGAGCAUUGGAUCAACAUAGAGCAUUUUGAUGCUAUUUUAUUUUUGUUACCCCUGACUUUUAAAAAAUGAAAUAAAAUUUUAAUAUUUCACAG